AUGUCGACCAAAUAUCAGCGUACUGUCCUGGUCACCGGUGGCACCACCGGCCUUGGUUACCACUGUGCCCUCAGUAUUGCUCGCAAACAUCCCGAGUAUCAGAUAAUUUUGGCCUCUCGAUCCGAUAAAGAUUCUUCUGCCGAUAAAGCCAAUUCUUUACUCGGUCGGAAUAACUUCGAGUUUCGUCGUUUGGAUCUUUCGAGCCUUGAUAACGUCCGUUCGUUUGCCGCGGACUGGGAACGCAAGGGGUUCGCGCCAAUACAUGCUUUAGUACUCAACGCCGCGUUGCAAUUACCAGGAGACGUCGAGUACACUGAAAACGGAUACGAGAAGACUUUUGCGAUUAGCCAUAUUGGACAUGCCUUGCUAUUCAGUCUCUUGAGACCGCAUCUUGCGGAUACCGCGCGAAUCGUUAUCGUGUCAAGUGGAACGCACGAUCCAGCGCAAAAGUCGGGCAUGCCAGAUUCAACAUACAAUUCAGCCGAAGAGCUCGCGCAUCCAACGCCAGAGUCGGCCAAAAACUCAGGACAACAGCGCUACACGAGCACAAAAUUAGCCAAUGUACUCUAUACGUAUGCUCUACACCGGCGAUUUACGGCCAUCAACGAAAACUCGGGAAAACACUGGACUGUCACUGCUUUUGACCCAGGCCUGAUGCCAGGUACAGGACUAGCCCGAGAUUACAGUGCCAUCGCGAAGUUUUUGUGGAACCGUGUUUUGCCCAAGAUACUUCCACUGUUGAGAUUACUUGUUUCGCCCAACAUUCAUACGCCCAAGGAGUCUGGUGAGGCUUUGGCAUUGCUUGCAGUUGGAACUAGUGUUGCAGGGAAGAGUGGUCUGUAUUACGAAGGUAAAAAAGAGAUCAAGUCCAGUGAGGUGAGCUACGACGAGGUCAAACAGGAGGAUUUAUGGCAGUGGACGGUGAAUACUCUUGCCAAAAACGAGAGAGAGCAAGAAGAAUUUGCCCUUGGCAAAAUUCUCUGA